CAGUCUCUUCGGCGAAAUCACGGAUUUUGCUGAUAAGAUUCUCGCAGAAGUCCUUUGAGCUGCGCAAUAUGUGUUCUGGCCCGGACUAGCCUACUGGUUCUUGAGACAGCCUGGGAUUUGGCCUCUAAAUGUUACACUCUAACGCCCGGUUUUCCAAACGCAAGUUAAUUUUCAGUUUGGUUCUAGUUAAUUGAUUGAUCACUGAUGUGGCAACGCCGCUUCUAAAUCUGAAUCAUCGUGUUCUGUGCGUAAAUAAAUAGGUUAGAGCAAACCUGAUAUUGAAAAAUGCUUUUUGAGGCUUAACUUCCGGUUAGCAGUGAAAUUGCGGAACUCAGCACUACGACAACCUUCAGCAGCAACAACAACAGCAGCAACAGCAACAGGACGCUGCCGCCCAACAGCAGUUGCAUCAUCUGCAGAAGCAACCUUUGAAGGACACCACCAACACCACUGCUGUUAAACAACAUAAAUUGACCAACGGAGGUAGUGUCGAGGACAACAAUAAUCAUCAACAGCAGCCUGAAUCGACGCAACAGACCCACGAAAAUACUAACGGCACAUCUAACAACAACAACCAACAGGGUAGCCGCUCUUUGCAGUGCUUAGAGACCUUAGCUCAGAAGGCAGGCAUCCACGACAUCACCCCUGACGACUGCAAGUACGAUGUGGCCAACACUCUGCUGAACCUGGACAGAGGCCACGAGUUCAUUAAGCAGAGCGUCGAAGUGAUGUCUGGCAACAUGGCUGACAUCAAGCAAGACCAGCAGCAAAUGGACGCUAACGCCCAAGCGCAAGCCCAGGCACAGGCGCAGGCUGCCGCGCAACAGCAGCAGAUCCAGCAACAGGUGCAACAAGCUAUGCAACAACAACAACAACAGCAAGCGCAACAGCAGCAACAACAGCAGCAGCAGACAUUGGUGCAGGCGCAGAGUCCGCAUAUGCAACAGGUGACUGUAGGAUCAGCUGGCCAAUGUGUUACGACCUCGAUGGCUCCUCAACAACAGCAAACCCAACAGCAGCAACAACAGCAACACGCCGUCACGAUGCACCAACAGCAACAGCAGCAACAAGCCCAACAGUCACAGCAGCAGGUACAGGUGCUACAGACGCAAGCGGCCCAAGUCCUACAAACAGCAGGUAGUGCUGCCGGAGCCACUAUAACCACCAUGUCCCCACUGCAACAAAGCCAGGCCCAGCAACACCAGCAACAAUUGGGAGCUGACUGGAGCCAUGGCAGGGCGGUCCAGGUGAUCCAACAACCCAUUCAGAACCCUACCUAUUUGCAGCAGUUGUACCAAGGAGCCCAGGGACAGUUGCUGAUGCCUGGGAAUAUCAGCAAUAUUGCUCUGCAUCCGAGUAUCAAUCCUUCGCAAAUACAGGUGAUAGCGAAACCUUUCCAAGGUAACCAGUUGGCGCCACACAUGCUCACUACUGCACAGGGCAAGCAAGUUUUACAAGGAAGUCAAGCAGCAACGUUCCCUGGAUAUACGACAAUCCCAACGAUACCAACCACCCAAAACCAACAAACGUUGGUCUUCAGCCAAUUGGGUGUUAUCAGUUCUCAACCGAAUAUCUUGCCCAAUCAUUCGCAAGGUAACGCGCAGGUAGCCCAGCAGAAACCACAAGAGAUGCAUAAGGUGAUGGGCGGUCAAAAAGUGCAAAUGCAAAAAGUGUCGGCGGGUAGUACCGGCGCUGUUGCUCAGACACAACAACACCAACAACAGGCUCAGCAACAGCAGUGCGUUCAAGUUUCACAAGCAAUGAUCGGCACACAGCCAACCGCUCAAAUUAUCAGUCCCAUACAACCUGGAGGACAACCAAUGCAGUUCGCUGCCCCGUGGCAAUUUGCUAACGGCUUGCAACAGGUGUGGACAACAAACGGAUUGCAGUCUCAAGCUCUCCAACUGGCCCCUAAUCCAAUUUUUAUCAGAGGUACCCAAGCUGAUGGAACGCCUGGACCUGGCAUGUUCAUACAGCAGAAUCCACAGACUGCCACCAUACAGACGCAACAAAACCAAGCUAUAGCAGCUGCCCAAGGUACUGUGCAGCAAAUAACGAAACCUAGACCACCGAACGAGAACAUUCAGCCGAAACAGCAAGCGACCAGACCAUUGAAUAUCCUGCCUUCCAAUGCUGCCAACAUUAGGCCUGCCAGUUCUGUAUCCACCCAAACUAUCGGAGCUCAAACACCCGCUUCGAUGGGCGGAAAACCUGGCACGAAAAUCAGGACGAAAGCUCCUCAAAUUCGAACAUCACCGGCUCCAAAGGCAGAUGCUGCAAAUCAAACACAAAUCAAACCGUAUACGAACCUGCAGCAUCAUAUAGUCGGAAACAAUGUUAGCCAAUCCCCUUACAGGAUGCUGGUGAUGAACUCGAACGGGAUGACAGCUACGAUGACACCCGGCUCGCCGAUGACGGCAGAGAAGGCUCAACAAUUGGCCAAUCAGAACAAACAGCAACAACAAAAUCAACAGCAACAAGUUGUGUUGCAACAGCAACAGCAGCAGCAACAGGCGCAACAGCAAGCCCAACAGCAACAACAGAUUCAACAACAGACUCAACAGACCAUGCAGCAACAGUAUCAGCUGCAGCAGCAAGGGCAACAGCAACAGCAGCAUAUACAACCUAAGCCGAUGAUGAUUCAAACAAUUCCUGCCAUCCAAUCUCAACAGAUUCAAAUGGCAGGAGAUAGGCCCGUUAUGCCUGUGGUUUCGAUGUCGACGCAACAGGUCAAUCCCCAGCAAGUGCAACAAAUGCAACAACAGAAUCUCAAUAUACAACAGGGCAUGCAACUUCCUGGCAACCUUGCUGUCACUCAGCAGCCUAUGCAGAUGAACAUGCAGCAACUACAACAGCUGCAACAAAUGGCUGCACCAGGUACGAUAAUAGGUCAGAUCCAAUCAGCUCCUGCUGCUGCUCAACCUACUGCCACAACUCAACCUGCCACUCAAGCUGUUCAACCUCAAGUCACACCCACAUCGCAAAUUCAACCGAUUCAGCAACAGCAACAACAACCAAAUACCGUGGCUGUAGCGGCACAGCAGGUAGAUAUUUACAAAUUAUUGAAAAAUAAGAUGUGUUUUGACCACUACCAGAGGCUUCUCAAACUUAUUCAGGUACAACCUUUACCUGCGACAAUACCAACCGUAACGACAACCAAGGAAGAUCAACCAGCCACCCCAGCACAACCUGAAUCUGCUGAUCACUCGACCGCCAGUCAAUCGACUAAUCAAGGACAAACGCAACAUCAGCAGUCUCAACCAAUUACAAUGGGCGUACCUCCAAACACCCAUCAAAUGGAUAACAAAGACGCAGCAGGUCAAGGACAGACGCCUACACCUGAAGCAUCAACAACAGUACCUGAAUCCAAGGAAGCGUCUCAGUCGACAGAUCAGAAACAACCAAUGGUAAACAGCGUGGAGCCCUCGGUAGUUCAACCGGCUCCAAUUCCUGGUACCGUUCCGUCCCAACCGACUACGAACACCCAGGAGAAUGGGUUGCCUGCUGCAGUUACUGCUGAAGAGGUAAAGGAAAGAUGUCCGCCAAAGGCUAUGGUCAAGCCUCAAGUGCUGACGCACGUGAUUGAGGACUUUGUCAUCCAGGAAUCUUCAGAACCCUUCCCGGUCACCAGAAACUGUCUACUGGGCGAUAUCAAAUCGGCGCAAUCUUCCAAUGAUAAGGAGACAGACGAACCUCCACGGAAGAAGAGAGCGUCUUCCCCGACCAGCGGUAAAGGUGACAUGGCCAAAUGCGAAGCUUGCGGAGUUGUUGAUCUUAAAGCUAAGUUUAAGAAGAACAAAAGGUUUUGCUCUAUCGCCUGCUCAAAAAGUGGCAAGUACAAGGAUGAUAAGAAGAAGUGGGAUAAAAACGAAAGCAUGGAAGUUGAUACUGAAUCUGGAACUUCAGGAGCGGAAAGUAGCUUGAGCCCUACGACUGGAGAUGACGAUACACCGAAGGUGGAUCCCAUGAAAUGGAGUGUUCAAGAGGUAUUCACCUUCAUCAAAAAUCUAGGUGAAGGUUGUUCCGACUACGCUGAAGAUUUCCUGAUACAAGAAAUUGACGGGCAGGCAUUGAUGUUGCUGAAAGAGGACCAUUUGAUGACAGCUAUGGCCAUGAAACUGGGACCAGCCCUGAAGAUUGUUGCCAAAAUAGACGAUAUGAGAGUGAACAAAGAUCCACCGAAGCAAAGUUAAAAUAAUCGAAUGGUGUGAGUUUCAUUAUUGUAAAAAGUUUGUAAAUAGAUUAUUUAUAUCCAUCGUAUUCCUAAGGUUUUGUUGAACGGUAAUCUUUAAUAAGUCAUAGGAGUGUACGUUAUUUUGAAGAGACAAUUCAAAUUUAUUAAUGAAAUGAUUUGUUUCAAUUGUACUUGUGAUCAUUCAAAUCCCUAGUUAAUGGUGUGCUAUUUCAUGCUCAAAGUGGGUGUUUGUAAAAAUGUAACCCAUUAACCGAUAACGAUUUUCAGCAGCCUCAAUUUUGUCAUAUUUCUUAUAGUAUAAUGCAGCUCCCCUCUACUUAAUUUUAGAAUUUGUUCGUAAGCUGGAAUUCGGGAUAAUGAAUAUGAAUGAAUAUUUUAACUAAAAUCAACAUUUAAAGAUAGCGACUGGACACCAUCUUUGGACAUUUUUUAUAUGGAAUGUGGGUCAUUUCGAGGCUUUGUAUUAGUACUUCGUAACCCCCCACUAUUAAUUCACUAUCUUCCAAAAUAACAGUCUGACAAAGUAGAGCUUUUUUGUAUAUUGAAUCACUUAUAAACUCAACAACUCAAAACACUAUGGUAUACCAGUCUUCUUUUAGAAGGGUCUCUAUAAAUGUGCAAUAAAAUAUGAAACAUUCCGUAAAAAAUGAUGUAUUUGACAACCUUUUUGAAUAAAACAUCCCAUAUUUUAUUACAUGUUCGGAUGAACUCUUCCAAGAAAAAAAGAUAUAACAUACAUAAUAUGGCAUUUUCAUAAUUAAUUGUUGAGAUUUUGAAAGCCUGCCAAUCCAGCAUUUUGGAAGACAUUAAAUUCAUAGACUAGGUUUAAAAAGGAGCUUGAAAAUGAGAUAUCACAUGAGUCGAUUCAAAAAAAAAAUUCCAUGAUGGUCCCAGUCGCCAUCUUGAAAUUUUCGAAUGCCACCUUUAAGCUAAAAUAAAAUCCAUCCGAAUUUCAGCUUGCGAACUUGACUCGUUCAAAAAAUAAGUAGGAGGGAGGAACUGAUUUGAAAAGCACUGAGACUGAGUUAUAACAGUGUGACCGCAAUGUCUCUUGUGGUUUCAGGGCUGUAAAAUGUCAAUAUUUCAAAAUUCCACUGCCGAAAUUAGGAAAAAAUAUUAUUAAUUUUUCAUUGCAUUUGAGAAGUCACUCGACUAGGCACUUCAUGCAGGGUGGUAAAAUAUAUUUUGCGCUAAACAGAUGUUUGUGAUACCUUUGUGAGUAGUAGAACUGUCAGCGUCAAGUAAAUUGAAUGACGUGAUCGUUUUUGAAAGCUUGGCUCAUUUUACUUUGCCAAAGUAAGGGCUCCAUUUUUAAUGGUGGAUUCAUGCAGACAUCCUAAACGUAAACUAAUAUAUUUUUCACGAUAAGUCACCACAUUUUCGCGUCUAUUCAGGCAAACAGCUGAUCGGGAAAUGACGUCUUUGUAUUAAAAUUUUAACUGAUGGCAAUAAUGAAUCGAGUGAAACUCAGGACCAUAUUUAGAACUCUUUAACAUCAAACAUUAAUCAGACUCUUUUCACAUGCCUGACUAGAAAUAUACCUAUGACCAUCAUCAGCCAUACUGCUUGGAUAGUUUGUUUUUGUGUGUCGGAGCUUAUAUAAACAAAAUCGUUGUCAGAAAGUAUGAAUCUGUAGCGCACAAAAAAUAAUAAAAUACGUCUUUGUCCAGGGAUUUGACGUAGACAGAUCCGUUAGUGUUGUGUGUCAAGACACACACGGUAUGGGGUCAUUUGAAUGGCACUAAAUGAUCAGAUGAUAUUUGUUGACAUGUUUUGACGUAGUAUUGUCAAAAAUAGAUUACAGGCAACGUCGCCUUCAUGGCCCCUAUACACCAGGAGAACCGGCUUAAUGAAUAAAGAGAGCGCGGUGAUCGGAGUGUGUACCACCUACACUCCAUUUCACGAGUAUCCUUCACGUUUUGACGUCUACUGAGGUGAACAGCUGAUCAGCUAGUGACAUUUUUGUGUUAGUCUGCAACGUGGGCUAUAAUGAAUUGGGUGUAAAUCUGUAACGUUUUCUUUUUUGUAGGCAAAUGAACUUUUCUGAAUAAAAGAGCUUUUAGCAAAUACAAAGUGAAAAAACAAAAAAUAUGGCUCUGUCUAACUGGGAUUGACGAAUCCGUCAGAAUUAUGUGUCCUUUGCCGAUAUGGGGAAUUUUGAAAUAUUACUAGAUAACCUCAUUCUACCGUGAUGAAUGCUCGUGAAAUAGUGAAACUUUUAAUUUUUUAAUUGAUUUGAUACUAAACUGAAUCGUGAAGUCUCCCCCGUAGGACUCUAAAAGCUAAUCAGCUAGGUGUGAAUUUACCGGUUUCACGAAUAACUUCUGUUAUUUUUUCAAAACACCUGGAACAAAUUCUUGCAUAUUUUGAUUAUUCUUCGAUCAAUGUACCCCAUCUUCAAUGACUUAAUCCAUAAAUUUUGUCGGUCUUUGAACAAAAGUGAGUUUUCACCAGCACUUUGGAGAAUAGCAGGAAUUCCAGAAAAUGAUUAUGUUACUCUUGCCGCUCGUUAAACAAUUCAUCGCCGCACAAAGUGAGGCUUUUUCACAGUUUUUCACAAAUAACUAAAUAAGACGAACAAUUUCCGACAGAUUUCCGACUACUUGCAACAAGAAAUAAGCAAAAAUUGUUGAGUUAAUUUACAAUGAAUUAAAUGGGAAUCCGUUUGGGUUUAUAUGGCGGACCUGUUAAAGCACAUCAUUGCCAGAUGCUUAAAAAAACAACAAAUCACAGUUAAUUAAUAAAAGGGGUGGGAUUAGUUCAAAGAGCGUGGGGGGUGCCCUCUAUUCGCAAACCGUGUGAAAUGGCCCAGAACAUUACAUCCCAAAAAAAUUGGGAGAAAAUCCCCUACCAUGGCAAGCCGGUCAAAGCUCCACUGGUACUCCAGCCGUCAUGUUUCGGAGACGUUUAUACAACACGAACAGCAUUGUUGUAGCUUCUCCAGGUAUAUAGCGCUGCAUGAUCGCUUAUAUUAAUGUGUGAUGAUCUGUUGUUUUCUUAUAAAUAAGCUCCACUCUCUGAGAACUAUGGCCUUUUUCACGAAUAUCCAUUACGUUUUGACGUCUACUGAGGUAAGUAGCUGAUUAGCAAGUGACAUCUUUGUAUUAAACUAUGUAAUGUUGGCAAUAAUGAAUUAUGUGUGACUUGGGUAAACAAAAUAAGACUGUUUAUAGAUCUAGCGUUGACAGAUCCGUCAGGAUUUUGCGCCACUUAUCGAUAUGAGGUAUUUAGAAAUGUUACUAGAUAAUCAGCUGUUAUUUUCUGUCACAUUUGACAUAAUGGAUACUCGUGAAAAACACAAUAUACCUAACCUACAAUUUGACAACAGAUGACACAGAUCUCAAUUAUACCAAAGCUGUCACACUAGCUGUUUGAGACCCACCACACUAUACACUAUAUCACAUACAUACAAACUGGUAGGCAUGACAUUUUUUGAAAAUCACUGUAUGGAAAUUUAUUGUUUGCCUUUAUUUUAUUCAUAUCACAGGAUUUAACUACAAAUAAAAAAUGUAUGUGACACAAAUUGUUGCAUGAAACAGAGGGCUACAAAAUUCACUUAAUUACCUCUAACAUUUGGAAUUUUGAAGGUUGUCAAUUAUACAUGUCAGAAACUAAACCAACCAUCUCCAUUUUCCACAAUAUAGAGCAUUCUGUUAGCUCACUAAGAUUGCGCUAGUAUCAUAUUAUGUGUCACAUACUAUGUUAUGGAUUCUACCUCAAGUUACAAGAUCUUGUUUAAUAUAAAUUGCAUGAAUUCGCCAUAAGUCUACUUCCAUUUGCUAUAAUCUCCCCUGACGGGAGAAACAUGUGGCACCAUUUAAUCCAAAAGGCAAUCACUGCUUGAUAUAUUUCUUUAAUUAUCUUUUUUUUUUAUAUUUCUCAAACUACGCUUUUAUUUCAGUCAUAAUAAAGUAUUUCGAGUUAGAUGUAUUUAUGACUUCAUUUUUGAGAAAAUACAAUUUCGUAAUUCCAGGAAGAUCUGUAUAAAUUAUUGAAUUCAUCGUGUAAAUAAAUGUAUAUUAUUAGAUUUUAUGCAACCAGUUAGAUUUAUUUCUGAAGAUGCGUAUUUAGUUAUGAACUUAUUGCGAAAAUAUGUUCUGAUGUAAUCGAAUUUAUAACAUGAAAAUCGAUAUACCAUAUCGAAAGUUAUUUGUAACAGUUAUAUAUUAGUCUAUUUGUGCAAUGUUCAACUUUUAUAAAAAUUAAUGUAAUAUUCUUGUAGAUAUUUUGAUGAUAUUGUUACUUGUACU